AUAUAUUAACUUAUAACGUAUAACACAUUAUAUUAUAUAUUAAAAAAAAAAAAAAAAGAAAACGAAAUGAAGAGUCUAAUGAUCUUUACCACCAUUUUUCUCAUUUCUUUUGUGACGAUGCGAGUCAUUGGAUCAGCUAUACCUAUGUGGGAAUUUCUUUCGAGAGAAGAAAAAAUGAGUCGUUUGUACAGAUUGUUUAGUCAGCAAGCGACGCAAUUUUGUGCCGAUUCAUCGAGACCGGAUUGCAGUAAGAAUUUCUUAAUUACUGGCAUACGAAAUCUUGCUAAUAUAGAUGACAAUGUUCUCGAUAAAUUGGAUCCAUAUCAACGUGAUGCUAGAGAAAUAAUUUGGCGAACUUUAAUAGGAACAAAUAAACUCUCGUCUAGGACUAAUCAAGAUAUCAAAGGAAAUUAUUUCCCAACAAAUGGACUUUCGAUAGGAAACGAUGAUAGCGAGACGAAUAGUAUAACGGAAGAAAGCGUGUCAACGAAUGAUUACAUUCAUGUUGGUCCAUAUUUGAUUGGACCAAUGGUUACACGUGUUUAUCCGGAUGGACGUCCAGUUCCAGAUGAUCGUAUGAGAUUUCGACCAAGGGACGACGAUAUUGACGAAAUUAAAUACACUAUGCCGUUGUUAACAUCGAUAGAUGAUAUCGAGGGAAAUCUUGAUAGAUCUUACAGAAAUAAACGUCUUAAUAAUGGUCGAAAAGAUAUACCAUUGGUAAGUGAAUUGGGUCGAAGGAAAGAAUCAACUAACGAAGGACGUCGCGAAGGUUCACCAAGAUAUAUAACACUUAGGCGAAUAUCGAUAGAAGAUCAUGACGUAGAUUAUCAUUGAACGAGUACCUGAGUUUUUUCAAAGUACUCAGUAAAAAACAAAUAUAACUCGCAUUUCUUUUUCUAUAUGCGAGGAGAAAUCACUUCGUUCGCGUUAGAGAAAGAGAGAGAAAGGAAGAGAGAGAGAGAGAGAGAGAACGCGAAGACUGAUUGAUUGUAGAAUUUUUGGAAAUUAUGAUGUAUCUAGAUGGAUGAAUAUAAAAAGGAAGGACAUGUCAUGAAUAAUGAAAAAUCGAAGUAGUAGUUGAUACACCGUUAAAACGAAUAUGAAGUCCCACCGUUAUUAAAGAAUUGCGAAGAAUAUUUUUGAUCUUUUCUGAUCAUUCAUUUUAAUUUGUUUUCUUUUUCUUUGUUAUUUAACACCACACCUUGAUUCUUAUGUUACAAAUAUUAUAUAUUCAUCAUAAGGUAUGAUUAAUAAUCGAUUAAAUAAAUGGAUAUAUUCGAUGAUGAUUUUAAAAUUAUCGAAUCUUGUUCAAUGUACUAUAUGUAUACGUAUAUACGUACUACAUGAUGGAAUGACGAGCAUCACGUACGAUUUUAUACGAGUAUGUACAUAGAAAUGUUCUAUUUAUACAUAUAUAUUUAUAAUAUGUAAAUAGAAAAUAUAUAAGAAUAAUAUGUAAAUAGAAAGUAUAUUAA